AAGGCAUUAAAAUUUUUUUUCCCGUCAAUCGAUAUCGAGAUCCAACCGAAUCUGCUUCUUCGCUCAGCUUGUAGAAUUUGCUUACUAUGGGAGACGCUAGGGACAACGAAGCCUAUGAGGAGGAGCUCCUUGAUUAUGAGGAAGAGGACGAGAAGGUUCUCGAUUCUGGGAAUAAAGUUAACGGCGACGCUGUGAAGAAAGGUUACGUUGGGAUACACAGUUCAGGAUUCAGAGACUUCCUUUUGAAACCGGAGCUUCUCCGAGCUAUUGUUGACUCUGGAUUUGAGCAUCCAUCUGAAGUGCAACAUGAGUGUAUCCCUCAAGCUAUCUUGGGCAUGGAUGUUAUCUGCCAAGCUAAGUCUGGUAUGGGGAAGACUGCUGUGUUUGUGCUUUCGACUCUGCAACAGAUCGAGCCGACUCCUGGCCAGGUGUCUGCACUUAUCCUAUGCCAUACAAGAGAGUUAGCAUACCAGAUCUGCAAUGAGUUUGUGCGAUUCAGUACCUACCUGCCUGAUACAAAGGUUUCAGUGUUCUAUGGAGGAGUCAACAACAAAAUUCACAAAGAACUGCUGAAGAAUGAAUGUCCUCACAUUGUUGUUGGAACACCUGGUCGAGUUCUUGGACUCGCCAGGGACAAAGAUCUCUCUUUGAAGAAUGUGAGGCAUUUUAUUCUUGACGAGUGUGAUAAAAUGCUCGAGUCACUAGACAUGCGGAGGGAUGUGCAGGAGAUUUUCAAGAUGACUCCCCACGACAAACAAGUUAUGAUGUUCUCAGCAACGCUCAGCAAAGAGAUACGCCCUGUCUGCAAGAAAUUUAUGCAAGAUCCAAUGGAGAUUUAUGUUGAUGAUGAAGCCAAAUUGACUCUUCAUGGACUUGUCCAGCACUACAUCAAACUGAGCGAGAUGGAGAAAAACCGCAAGUUGAAUGAUCUUCUUGACGCAUUGGACUUCAAUCAAGUUGUCAUAUUUGUGAAGAGCGUUAGCAGAGCUGGGGAGCUGAACAAGUUGCUUAUCGAGUGCAAUUUCCCCUCAAUAUGCAUUCACUCCGGCAUGUCUCAGGAAGAGAGGCUGACUCACUACAAAAGUUUCAAGGAAGGGCACAAGAGAAUUCUGGUGGCGACAGACUUGGUAGGGAGAGGAAUUGACAUUGAGCGUGUCAACAUUGUCAUCAACUACGACAUGCCAGAUUCUGCUGAUACAUAUCUUCACAGGGUUGGUAGAGCUGGAAGGUUUGGAACAAAGGGUCUUGCAAUAACAUUCGUGGCAUCAGCUUCUGAUUCGGAAGUUCUCAACCAGGUACAAGAUAGGUUUGAGGUUGAUAUAAAGGAACUUCCUGAGCAGAUUGAUACGUCGACUUACAUGCCGUCCUAAAACGACUUCAGAUUACGAGAGUUUGCAAUGAUCCCUCCCCUUUAUGCUUACCUGCCAUCUUAUCCCCUUUUGUUAUCGUUUGUAACCUUUUAAAAAGGAGAGAGAGAUAUAGAGAGGAUUCCUAGAUUGCACUAUCCUCUUAAACUCAGCCAGAUUUGUGUACAAGCGAAUAUGAUGCCUUGUGUUGUCAGAAUUCAGACAUUACUUGUUCUGUGUUUUAGUAGUUUGUGUAACUUUAGAGUUCGUUUUGUACUGGUUCUUCCUUCGAGUUAAUCUCAGAUUUACCUCUUGCCUUUCAA